AUGGCGGUGGAAGAAGCCGGGCAAGUGUUCCUGUUGAUGAAAAAGGAUUAUCGAAUCUCCCGAAAUGUUCGCCUCGCUUGGUUCCUCAAUCAUCUGCAUCAGACUGUGCAGGCCACGCCUCAGGAGUUGCUGCUUCAGUCUGAGCAGGAAUUGGAAAUCCUCAGUGUCCUGCCUCCUGGCUGGCAACCAGAUGAGCCAGUGGUCCCAAGGCCAUUCCUCCUUGUUCCUUCUACCCGGGUCACCUUCCUCGCUUGGCAGUAUCGCUUUGUCAUUGAGCUGGACCUUAGCCCUUCUACGGGCAUUGUGGAUGAUUCCACAGGGGAGAUCUUGUUUGAUGAAGUUUUUCACGCCCUCUCCCGCUGCCUAGGUGGGCUGCUUCGGCCCUUCAGAGUCCCUGGGUCUUGCAUCGACUUCCAACCCGAAAUCUAUGUAACUAUCCAGGCUUAUUCUUCAAUCAUUGGCCUGCAGUCCCACCAGGUGCUGGUACAGGGCUGUCUUUUGGACCCUUCCCAGCGAGAGGUGUUCUUGCAGCACGUGUAUGAGAUGCUCUGCCACUUUGAAGAUAAGGUGGCCACCAUGCUACAGCAGCAGUAUGACCCUCAGAGCCGGACAGAGGACCAGUCUCCAGAUUCUGUGGAGCCCACAGGCCGGAAGGUGGGCAUCUCUAUGGUGACAGCAGAUGUUGGACUGGUCAGUAUGAUUCGUCAGGGCAUCUUGGCACUGCAGUUGCUGCCUUCCAACUCGAGUGCAGGUAUCAUUGUGAUCACAGAUGGCGUGACCAGUGUACCCGAUGUUGCUGUCUGUGAAACACUUCUGAACCAGCUUCGCAGUGGCACUGUAGCUUGUUCUUUUGUACAGGUGGGAGGAGUUUACUCUUACGACUGUAGUUUUGGCCAUGUGCCCAAUGUGGAAUUGAUGAAGUUCAUCGCAAUGGCAACAUUUGGCUCCUACCUCUCUACUUGUCCUGAGCCAGAGCCAGGCAACCUCGGUCUGACUGUCUACCACCGGGCAUUCCUUCUCUAUUCCUUUCUCCGCAGUGGGGAAGCCUUGAACCCUGAAUAUUACUGUGGCUCUCAGCAUCGCCUGUUUAAUGAGCACCUGGUCUCUGCAAGCAGCAACCCUGCCUUGGCCCUGCGCCGGAAGAAGCACACUGAGAAGGAGGUACUAGCCGACUUGGUCAGCACUGUGUCUGUGCGGCUCCGAGAGGGCUACAGUGUUCGAGAGGUCACGCUGGCCAAAGGAGGCUCCCAGUUGGAAGUGAAGCUGGUGCUGCUAUGGAAACAUAACAUGCGCAUUGAGUAUGUGGCUAUAGCACCCUGGCCCUUGGAGCCUGAGGGCCCUCGAGCAACACGGGUGGAAGUGACCAUGGAAGGGGGCUAUGACAUUCUGCACGAUGUGUCCUGUGCCCUGAGGCAGCCCAUUCGCUCAUUGUAUCGCACCCACGUGAUCCGCCGCUUCUGGAAUACACUGCAGAGCAUUAACCAGACAGACCAGAUGCUGGCCCACCUUCAGUCCUUCUCCUCGGUGCCAGAACAUUUCACACUUCCUGACAGCACCAAGAGCGGAGUGCCGCUCUUCUACAUCCCUCCUGGCUCCACUACUCCGGUGCUGUCCCUCCAGCAUAGUGGUUCUGACUCAUCACAUGCCCAGUUUGCUGCAUACUGGAAGCCAGUGCUGUCCAUGGAUGCGAAUUCCUGGCAGCGUUGGCUGCACAUGCAUCGCCUGGUACUUAUUCUGGAGCACGAUACACCAAUCCCCAAGCACUUGCACACGCCAGGCAGCAAUGGACGCUACAGCACUGUACAGUGCAGGAUCUCCCAUUCCUCGCUGACCUCUCUGCUUCGGGACUGGAGCAGCUUUGUACUAGUAGAAGGCUAUUCUUAUGUCAAGCUGCUUUCCAGCGCCCCAGACCAGCCCCCCUCUUCCUUCUACAUGGUCCGCAUCAUUUCCAAGGCCCCAUGCAUGGUUCUGCGCCUGGGUUUUCCCAUUGGCACAUCAGCGCAGGCACGACACAAGAUUGUGUCAGACUUGCAGGAAGAGAUCCUGCAGUUACGUUUUCCCCACCGAGUACAAAGCAAAGAGCCAACACCUAAGGUGAAACGAAAAGGGCUGGGGUGCUUUGGUGGGGGCACCUCUCCCUCCAAGUCACCACCCACGCUGGGGCCACAGCAGGCCCUUUCUGACCGGCCCUGCCUUGUGGUCCUGCAUAAGCCACUGGACAAGCUACUCAUCAGGUAUGAGAAGCUACCACUGGACUACCGGGCACCUUUCUUGCUGACACUGGAGCCACCAGGGCCACUGCCCUUGGUGUCGGGCCGUUCAGCCUCUUCCAGCCUAGCUUCACUGUCCCGCUACCUCUACCAUCAGCGCUGGGUCUGGAGUGUCCCAUCAGGGCUGGCCCCUGCCCUGCCCCUCAGCGCCAUCGCCCAGCUGCUCUCCGUCCUUACUGAAGUUCGCCUGUCUGAAGGGUUCCACUUCGCCUGCAGCGGGGAAGGAAUCAUCAACAUGGUCCUGGAGCUUCCAAUUCAGAACCGACUACCUGGGCAGGCUGCCACUGAGGAGAAACACACAUGUGUUGUCCAGUAUAUCCUCUUCCCCCCGCACUCUACCUCCACCAAAGACAGUUUCUCAACAGAUGAUGACAAUGAUGUGGAGGUGGAGGCUCUGGAAGGAGACUCAGAGCUCAAUCUAGUCACAGAGGUCUGGGUGGAACCACAGUGUGGGUACGUGGGACCUGGCCCAGAAAGCUGGAAGCACCUCCAGGACUUGACGUAUCCUGAGAUUCCUCAGGCUCUGCACCCCAGGGAUGCUGCUUGCAUAGGCUCCAUGCUGAGCUUUGAAUACCUGAUACAGCUGUGCCAGAGCAAGGAAUGGAGUCCUCUACCCCCAGAGCCAAGGCUUUCUGACGGGUUGAGCCAGGAAGGGGACACCUGUGUUCAUGAGAUCCCUUUCCAUUUUGACCUGAUGGGAUUGUUACCACAAUGUCAACAACUCCAGAUGUUCUUCCUUCUCCUUUGCCGAGAGCCAGAGGGUGUCCCUCCCGCCGAGGGGCCCUGUCCCGCCAACGACAUGGUGCUGUGCCUGCUGCACAGCUGCCUGGGCCAGGAGCUGAGUGACCGGGAGAUCCCACUGACCACCACUGACCAGGCUGCCUUCUUGAGUGAAGUGCUGCAGAGGACCGGCCAUGAUUCAGGUCCAGAGGGUCUGACAGUGGAGGGCCAUGGAAUCCCCCAAGAUCAAGCGGUCAGCAGUGCCUUGACCACUGAGCCCUCAGCGUUCCCCUUUCUGAGUCUAACUUCUGAGCCUCUCAUCCCUACCCAGCCCCUUCAGUGGCGCUGCUAUGCAAGACUUGUGAACCCUCAGCAUGUAUUUCUGACUUUUCUCCCAGCUGCGUUCUCAGAUGUCCAGCAUCUGGCAGCCUACGGCCUGACGGGACCUUCUCAAGAGGAUACAAAGCCUAAGUUUGGAGAUUGGAGUGGGGCCUCCAGCCUCAAAGACCUGGGCGGAACUGAGGUCAAGACUACAAAGCCACAGGUUCCCAUCCUCAGUGUAACCCCAGCCAGUGACAAUGUGCAGAAUCAAGGAGAGCUAAGCCCACCCUUCCGACGGGACUUACAAGUUUAUACUGGACGUCAAGCUCCCCAAAACGAGGGUGCAGAUGGGCCUCGAACUCGAUGUCCUGUCUACAUCUAUAGCUGUUCCUUGGAAGCACUGAGGGAACAGAUGGUUGGUAUACAACCCCCUCAGUUACCUCGAGACCUCAUCUUCCGGACUCAAUUCCUCGACCACUCCUCCCCAUCCUCAGCCUGGGUGGAGCCCAGGUACAAAGAAGCUGCUAACCACUGUGCCUUGCUGCAGGAGCAUGCGCAGCGAUGCUAUGUCCGAGGGCUCUUCCGGAGCUUACAGCAAGCACAGAGCGUGAACUGCCAAGACUUGCUCACAGCAGUGGAUGCCUGUGAGGAGCUGCUUCAAGAAAUAGACAUCACCCCCUUUCUGCUCACGCUGUGUGGCCACACUUGGGGUUUGCCUCUCGCACCCCCAAGCCCUGGUCCUCUCAGUCCUGGGCCCUUCAGCAGCAGCAUUGAGGAGGGCCCUGAACCUCGGGAGCGAGCCGUCUUAGCUUCUGAGUCCAGCAUUGAGACUGAGGACUUAAGCGAGCCUGAGUUCCCGAGCACUCGUGUCUCUGGCCAUCUAGACCCUGGCCCAGAGAUCUCUCUGACAGACGUCUGCCAGCUCAAAGGACAGGCACAUGAUGCCCUUCAUAACCUCAUCCAGGAGAAGUUCCUAGAGAUCAGCCGUCUCCACUUCCGCACAGUGCCCUCCAAUCCGCACUACUUCUUCUAUUGUCCUCCAUCCAGCAGACGAGAGGAUGAAGGCCCACAUGACAUAGGAGACAGAAAAGUCAGUGACCUGGAGUUCUCCGAGGCUGAGCUGGUAGGAGAAGAAGGAGACACAUCUGCCUGCUGUGUGGCCACUGAGAGCGACCCAGAGCUGGAGGUGGAGUAUCGUGAGAGCCGAGAGCCCAGUGUGGGACCCGCUGCACUGGACUCCACCUCGCUGUCUGAUGCAGAUACUGUGAACCCGGAUGAAGAUUCCUUCAGUAUCCUGGGGGGCGACUCACCCACUGGGCCAGACACCCUCAUGCAUGAUCUGCCACCACUCUUCCUGCACCUCACAUGUUCCACACGGCUGCGGGGCCAGCACAGCUCCGUUCCUGUGAGCAGCCUGCCCACCUGCUUGGGCCAAGUGCUUUCCAGCCUGGAGGGUCCCCCCGUUGGAGGUCGAGUUCCCCUCAGGGACCUCAGUAUCACUCUGGAUGUCUUCAUACUGACUUUACCCCUAGAAGUGGAACUUCCCCCAGCCUCAGACCCUCAGCACCACCGUUCAACGUCUGAGAGCAGUGCUUCUUUCCCACGAUCCCCAGGGCAGCCAUCAUCUUUAAGGUCAGAUGAUGGCCUAGGGCCCCCACUGCCACCCCCAGGAGAAGAGAGGCACCCAGGACUGUCCACCUUGCCUGCACCACACAGACUAGCAAUUGAGACCACCAUGAGUGAGAUCCGCUGGCUGUUGGAGGAUGAGAUGGUGGCAGCACUCCGCAGAGGGACCCUCCCCCAAAGCCCUGCCCUGCAUCGGGCAGCUGCCCACAUCCAUAGCUCUCCUGGACGUUCCACCUGCCUUCGCCAGACUUUGCCAUUGAGUUUUGUGUUUGGGCCAGAGCGUUCCCUCACACAAUUCAAGGAGGAAUUCCGCCGCCUCCAUCUUCCUGGCCAUGUUCUUCUUGAAGACCCUGACAGUGGCUUCUUCUUUGUAGCAACUGGUCAACAGCCAGGUGGGUCCCAUGGGGAGCCCCCUCCAGCAACCUGGGCGUGGCACCGCCAUGAGGAUAGGGCUGAAGGCAUCAAAGGGGAGACCGUGACAGCCAGCCCUCAAGCUCCUGGCUCCCCAGAGGAUUCUGAGGGGCCUUCCGUCAUCAGCCUGCCACAGGGAGGGAGCCAGCCUGGACCCUGCUGGGGAUUAAGCCUCAUGUCCAGUCAGGGCAGUGUGGACUCAGACCAACUAGGUUAUGAUGGUGGCAGCAGCGGCUCAGAUAGUGAGGGUCCUUCUGAGACCCUUGGUGAGAAGGCCCCCUUCACACUGCGAACUCCACCUGGGCCAGCAACUCCACAGCCUUCACUCCCAGUGCUCCCUGGGCCCUGCCUGCCUGACUUUUGGCUCAUUGUUCGUGUUCUGCAAGAUCGUGUUGAAGUCUAUGCACAUGCACGGAGCAUGAUAAGGGAGGAUGGAGGGCCGGGCACUGAGUGUCGUCACCUCCAGCAGCUCCUGGUGAGGCGAGUUGGAGAGAUCUGCAGGGAAGUCAACCAGCGACUGCUUCUUCAAGACCUUCAUGACAGUCAUGUGUGUAACUCUCUUCUGGUGGCUGAGAGUGAAGAAGAUUUAUGGCGCAGUGAGACCCCGUUCAGUUCCCGUCAGCGGAUGCCACUGCCCAGCGAUGAUUAUGCUGGUGAUGAAAGCUCUGCACCCCGAGGGUACCUAGCAGCCACAAUGCAGUUUGUCCCUGGACAUUUCUCCUGUGACGUUGUCUGGGGAACUGUGAUUAGAGUCCACUCACGCCUCAAGAUGGGGCCUAGCAUGGGGGUUUCUCGAGCCAUCCAGGCCCUGCGCUCUGUGCUCAACGCCUUCUCUGUGGUGAACCGGAAGAAUAUGUUUGUGUACCAGGAGCGAGCAACACAGGCUGUAUACUAUCUCCGGCUCCUGGAGACGUCGUGCAGUGACCGGCCGUGGGAAGGGGAUUCUGGGCCCCGUUCUCUCGCACUGUCCCGGAGCCAGGAGCCCAUCUACCCUGAGGAGACCUCAGGCCCUCGUUCUCCGCUGGACAUGGCUUCUAGUCGCAGUUCAGAUGCCGCUCGUCCUGUGGGCCAAGUGGACAGACACAUCCAGCUGCUGGUGCAUGGUGUAGGGCAGGCAGGUCCUGAGAUCACAGAUGAACUAGUGCGAGUGCUACGGCGACGUCUGGAUGAGGCCACACUGGAUGUGAUCACAGUUAUGCUUGUUCGGAACUGCAAGCUCACACCAGCUGACGUGGAGUUCAUCCAGCCCCCUGGAAGCCUCCCCUCUGAGGUGCUGCAUCUGGCUCUGCCCCCCUCCUGCAGACCCUGGCUUCCGGCCCUGGCCUGGUACCUGCGGCAGAACCUGCUCAUCUUCUUGCACUCUCCCAAGUACACAGACAGCAACAGCCAGAACCACUUCCAGCAUCCACUCCCACCACAAAGUGGCCUCCCUGACUUGGACAUCUACUUGUAUAACAAGCCUGGUGGACAAGGCACUGGGGGCAAAGGAGUUGCCUGCAUCACUCUCGCCUUUGUAGAUGAGGGAGGGAGCCCCAUCUCAUUGACGUCAUGGUCUCCCACUUCUCCUGGGCCUCCUGAACCACUGCUAGAGGAAGAAUUUGAGCAGCUGACCCAGGUCACACGCUGCCCAAUCCUGCUGGACAGUUGUUCAGCUCAGACUGGGGCCCCACGGCUUCGGUUGGAUGUGUGGGAAAAGGGAAAUAUCAGUAUUGUGCAGCUGGAGGAAAAACUCCGAGGAGCAGCUCGCCAGGCUCUGGCUGAUGCUGUCAUGGAACUGCGCCUGUUGCCAGCUUCACUCUGUACAGAAGAUACUCCCCCAGCAAGUCUCAGGAGUGGGUCAUUGGAAACCAAGAGCCCUGCUGGUCGGGAUGGUACCUUCCCGCCUGCCCCUGUGCCUGGGGAGCCUGUGACUCCACCCAGCAAAGGUGGCCGGCGCAGCUUCUGGGACAUGCUGAGUAAAACAGAAUGUGGGGAUUUGGGUUCCCCCAAAACAACUGAUGACAUUGUACUGGAUCGGCCAGAAGAUACUCGGGGUCGAAGGCGUCACAAAACGGAAAAUGUUCGAACUCCUGGUGGAACUGAGAGGGCACCAGGCCCAAAUUCAGGAGCCCAGAGACAAAGACGCCGGAUAACACAGCUAGAAGAGGGUGAAGCGGGGACCCUGCAUCCUGUGUUUGCUCACGUCUGUCAGCGCUGGAUGGAGUUUAUGGUUCACAUUGGUUGUGCCUCAGUGUCCAGAAGCUCCACCCACAUGGUGUCCCGGUUCCUCCUUCCAUCCAUCCUGUCUGAGUUUACCACUCUGGUCACCUCAAUGGCUGGAGAUACCAGUGUCCGAGUCUUUGAACAGCAUUUGGCUUCAGAAUCCAACAUUUUCAGCCCUUGCUCUCCUGGGCAGCUGGGCCCAGCUCCCCGUCCAGCUACUGAGCGGCAUCUGCUGCUUCUGGGAAGGAACUUCUUGCAGUGGAGGAGACCAACCCAGCAAGCUGCCAAAGCCGUGCAGCGCUUUGAGCCAGGAGGUGAUGGGAGCUCUGGGCGGAAUGCUCCCCGGCAGAGGCUCUUGCUAUUGGAGGUUGUGGACAAGAAGCUACAGCUGCUGACCUAUAAUUGGGCUCCAGACCUGGGGGCAGCACUGGGCCGAGCACUGGUGCGCCUCGUGCAGUGGCAGAACGCACGGGCCCACCUCAUCUUCUGCCUGCUCAGCCAGAAGCUUGGACUCUUCCACCAUUAUGGCCAGUUAGACUUCCCAGUGCAAGAUGAAAAGGAGCCAAACCCAUUCCUGCUGCCCACCAUGGAAGCAGAGACCCUGAUCCGGAGUGCCAGUCCUCCACUGAGCCGUGAGCAGGGCCGCCUGAGUGGUUCCUCACGUGGUGGGGGCCCCCUUCCCCUGGACACGUUCCCCUUCGACGAGGCCUUGAGGGAUAUCACAGCUGCCCGCCCCAGCUCCAUGCUCAGCCCUGUGCCCAGUCUUCCAGAUCCUGUCACCUACCAUGGACAGCAGUUCCUGGAUAUCAAAUUGACAGAGCGCAGAGAGCUGGAGCGCCAGAUGAAGAUGGAGAACCUAUUUGUCACCUGGCAGCAGCGAUCCGCUCCCGCCAGCAUGCCCAUCAGUGCAGGGGAGCUGGAAACCCUGAAGCAGUCGUCCCGCCUAGUGCAUUACUGUGCAACUGCCCUCCUUUUCGACCCAGCUGCCUGGCUACAUGGGCCCCCAGAAACUUCUGGGCCUCCUGAGGGCCAGCGACGCCAUCGUCCUGAGUCAGGAUCUGGGAGCCGAGAGGUGCCCUCAGGCUGUGAGUCCUCUGAUGUGCCUCCACCCGGAGCCCGUGAGGAGCCGUGGCUGAAGGAACUGAGUUUAUCUUUCCUGCAGCAAUACGUGCAGUAUCUGCAGAGCAUAAACUUUGUGCUUGUGCCUCUUCGGCCCCCCUCACCUGCCCGCAGUACCAGCCGGCCUCGGACCAUGCCUGUGAUUGGAACAGAAGGCCGAGGCUCCUUCUCCUGCCCUAAAACCAAAACAGAGGGGAGCCCCAAGAGCACUAGUUCCACAGUUACCACCUACCACCUGCAGCGAGCACUGCCAGGGGGCAUUAUCCUCAUGGAACUGGCUUUCCAGGGAUGUUACUUCUGUGUCAAACAGUUUGCCCUGGAAUGUUCCCGAAUCCCUAUGGGACAGGCUGUCAACUCUCAGCUAUCCAUGCUGUUCACAGAAGAAUGUGACAAGGUGCGGGACCUGAUGCACGUGCACUCCUUCAGCUAUGACUUCCACCUGCGCCUCGUGUACCAGCACGUGCUGGGUACCCACCUGGUCCUCCGGCACGGCUACCACCUCACUACCUUCCUUCGACAUUUCCUGGCCCACCACCCUGAUGGACCCCACUUCGGCCGUAAUCACAUUUACCAAGGGACAUUGGAGCUACCCACACCCCUCAUUGCUGCCCACCAGCUGUACAACUACGUGGCCGACCAUGCCAGCUCCUAUCACAUGAAGCCACUGCGUAUGGCCCGGCCAGGGGGCCCAGAACAUAAUGAAUAUGCCCUGGUGUCAGCCUGGCACAGCUCUGGAUCCUUCCUGGACUCUGAGGGACUCCAUCACUCAGAUGACUUUGAUGUGUCUCUGCUUGUCUGUCACUGUGCUGCACCCUUUGAAGAGCAAGGAGAAGCAGAGAGACAUGUUCUGAGACUACAGUUCUUCGUGGUGCUCACUAGCCAACGAAAGCUAUUCCCCAGACUCACUGUCGACAUGCGUCGCUUCCAGAAGCCACCCAGACUGCCCCCAGAGCCAGAAAUUCCAGGGAGCUCAGCUGGUAGCCCUGGGGAGACCUCAGGGGAGGGGUUGGCCCCUAGAACAGCUCCCCUGUUCCCACCACUGGCUGCUGAGGUGAGUGUCGCACGGGCACGGCUGGCUCAGCUGGUACGACUUGCUGGAGGGCACUGCCGUCGGGACACACUCUGGAAGCGCCUCUUCUUGCUGGAGCCACCAGGGCCUGAUCGGCUGCGGCUUGGGGGGCGUCUGGCCCUGGCAGAGCUGGAAGAGCUACUAGGAGCAGUCCAUGCAAAAUCCAUUGGGGACAUUGACCCUCAGCUGGACUGCUUCCUGUCCAUGACAGUCUCCUGGUACCAGAGCCUGAUUAAGGUUCUCCUAAGCCGCUUCCCCCAGAGCUGUCGUCAUUUUCAGAGCCCAGACUUGGGGACUCAAUACCUGGUUGUGCUGAAUCAGAAGUUCACUGACUGUUUUGUGCUAGUGUUCCUGGAUUCUCAUUUGGGAAAGACGUCUCUGACAGUGGUUUUCCGAGAGCCUUUCCCAGUACAACCUCAGAACAGCGAGAGCCCUCCUGCCCAGCUGGUCUCCACCUACCACCACCUUGAAUCUGUCAUCAACACAGCCUGUUUCACUCUCUGGACCCGCCUUCUCUGAGACUGAGCCCCUCAGUGUGCCUAGUCUUUGAAUCAUGGAUCUGUCCGGCUGCCCACUUGAGGCAGAGCUGAGCAUGCCUGCUCUGGACCUGUGACAGGCCCAAGCACCAAAUGACACCAAAGGCUUGG